AUGAAUAUUAUAUUCAUUAAAAAUUAUAUUUUUUUGAUAUUCAAAGUAUAAAUUACAAGUAGCUUUAAAAUAAAUUCACGUGAAUGUAAAUUACACUCCAUAUUAUUUACAAACCAAACGCAUGCAAAUUAUAAAAGAAAAGAGUCAUAUUAAAAUGCAAUUUAAUUCAUCAAAAUUCAAUGAAGAUUUUUUUAAUACAUCCUACGAUGAUUUAUCAACAAUGUCCUUCAGAACCGAGAAUAGCACACAGGCCAAUAUAUCACCCAACAAAGGUAAAUUAAGGAAGGUGCAUUCCCAAUUACAUGAAAGGAUUAAGACACAUAGAGCCGAGACCUAAACAAAAAUCAAUACAUGUACAGUAUAUGACCUGGAAAAAGUACCAUAGGCUAGCAGUCGUGUAUGCAUUUUUGGAUCAACUCGAAAAAGAAUAUCCCGCUAUCUGCACCGUUGUUGUUAUAGGAAAGUCGGUCCACGGGAGAGAUAUUAAGAUGCUGAAGAUAUCUAACACUGAUGCUACGAACAGCGGAGUAUGGCUGGACGGGUGCAUACACGCGCGGGAGUGGAUCACGACAUCGGUGGUCACGUACAUAGCCAACUGCCUGGUGACACAGUUCCACUGCUUACCGAAAUAUAUCACCAAUAAAGACUGGCACAUAGUACCAGUUCUCAACCCAGAUGGUUACGUAUACACCCAUACGAAAGACAGACUCUGGAGGAAAAACAGAUCAAAGUUUAAAGGCGGCAUUGGUGUUGACCUAAACAGAAAUUUCAGCUAUGGUUGGGGUAACAACGGAGAUGAGGGCUCUUCAGAUGAUCCUUCUAGUAAUUUCUACAGAGGACCUGAACCAUUUUCAGAACCAGAAAGCGCUUCAGUCAGGGACGCAAUAUUGGGUUCACACUCUACUUUCAAAGUGUUUUUAUCUUUCCAUAGCUACUUUGAAUGUAUAAUAUUUCCGUGGGGAUACAAAGUUGAGCCUUGUCCGGAUUAUAUCAAACUUUUAGAGGGUGGCAUCGCGAUGUCCAGGGCAAUCCACCAGUCCACUGGCAAAACCUACAAGGUCGGGAGCACAAAAGACCUCACCUACUUCGCGUGCGGCACCAGUACUGACUGGAGCUACGGGGUCGCCAACAUUCCCUACUGCUACAUGGUCGAGCUACGGGGGAGGAAACACAAGUUCAAACUGCCCAGGGAGGAGAUACUGGACACCUGCGUGGAGAACUGGCAAGGUGUUUGCAAAUUGAUGGAGUAUGUGGAUAAGACAAGCUGAUAUUUAGUUUGCGGCCUGUAAUUUUCUUGUGGAGAGUAUUGUUGUGUUACAUAGACCAGCAAAGAUGCAGUUUUGGCCGCAUAUUUUAGACUUGUGAGCGUCAUUGUGGGGUAAUAAAAUAGCCUUAUUUCAAAAAUAAAGUUUAUUCACAAAAUAAUA